GGGGCGGGGGGGGCCAUGGACGGCGGCCGCCGCGGGACACAAAGGACGGCGCGGCGGCGGCGGGCGGCUCGGCGCGGGGCCAUGGCAGCGGCGGGGCCGGGGCCGGGCAUCGGCGGCGGCGGCGGCCCGCGGUACAGCCUGCUGGCCGAGAUCGGCCGCGGCGCCUACGGCGUGGUGUACGAGGCGGUGUCGGGCCGCAGCGGCGCUCGGUUGGCGGUGAAGCGGAUCCGCUGCGACGCUCCCGAGAACGUGGAGCUGGCGCUGGCCGAGUUCUGGGCCCUGACGAGCCUCCGGCGGCAGCACCCCAACGUGGUGCGCUUCGAGGAGUGCGUCCUGCAGCGGCACGGCCUGGGGCAGCGCAUGAGCCACGGCAACAAGCGCAGCCAGCUCUACCUGCGCCUCGUCGAGACCUCCCUCAAAGGUGAGAGGAUCCUGGGCUAUGCAGAGGAGCCUUGCUACCUGUGGUUCGUCAUGGAGUUCUGCGAAGGGGGAGACCUCAACCAGUACGUGCUGUCCCGAAGGCCCGACCCUGCCACCAACAAGAGCUUCAUGCUGCAGCUGACCAGUGCCAUUGCCUUCCUGCACAAGAACCACAUUGUCCACCGGGACCUGAAGCCAGACAACAUCCUGAUAACUGAGAAAUCUGGCACUCCUGUGCUCAAGGUGGCUGACUUCGGGCUGAGCAAGGUCUGUGCUGGCCUGACUGCUCGGGGCAAGGAGGGUGGGCAUGAGAACAAAAAUGUGAAUGUGAACAAGUACUGGCUGUCCUCGGCCUGUGGCUCUGAUUUCUACAUGGCACCCGAGGUGUGGGAGGGACACUACACUGCCAAGGCUGACAUCUUCGCCCUCGGCAUCAUCAUCUGGGCCAUGAUUGAGAGGAUCACUUUCAUUGACGCCGAGACCAAGAAGGAGCUGCUGGGGACUUACAUCAAGCAGGGGUCUGAGAUUGUGCCCGUUGGGGAAGCGCUGCUAGAAAAUCCAAAGAUGGAGCUGCACAUCCCUCAGAAACGCAGGACUUCCAUGUCUGAGGGGAUCAAGCAGCUCUUGAAAGACAUGUUGGCUGCUAACCCACAGGAUCGACCUGAUGCCUUUGAGCUUGAAACCAGAAUGGACCAAGUUACAUGUGCUGCUUAGAUUCAGGGCAGGGCACCACUGUGCUUUGCAGCUGGAUUUAUUUACCAGGGACCCAUAAUCUCCAUUAUUUACAUGCAACAAGGAAGUCAAAGAUAAGGGAAGAUGAUGAUACAGAAGAUCCCUGAUCUACAGGAUCUCUGGCAAUGUGAAAUGUUUGGGUGUUACUUUUUUGUGUUGUGGGGGUGUGGGAGGGGGCUGCAGGGGCCUGUGGAAGAACACAAGCUGGCAGCUGUCACACUCACGAGACUUUGGAACAAGAUCCAGAGAGCAGAGCUGCCCUUGUCCAGCCCUCCCCGUGUCUCCUGUGCUGCUGUUUGACUCAGUAGGUGUUUGUUUCUAGGAAUGUGGUUCCUUAAGGAAGUGGGAAUCAGCAGCCUGAUGGUGAGGUGUGCUGCCAGGCACCAGCUCAGAGUCCAGCUGGGCACAGUUUUGGGUUCAAAGCUAUUGAUUUUGCCUAGGGAAAAUGGGAACAAAGUGAUGGCUAGGUUUGCAUUGGGAGUGCAGUGCUUUAGGAAAAAUGAGUCUCUUGGACCACACGUUGAAGCAGCUAAGUAACUUCAUAGGCAGGCAGCUCCUGAAUAGGUGGUGCUGCCCUGGCUUGUGAGCAGCUGACAUUAGGAUAGAGUAGGAUAAACAGGCUGGAAAGCCAUUUGGCAAAGCAGGUCUUCCCAAGCUGGAUUUCAUGAUCAUCUUUGUUACUGUCUUUCUAUACAGAUGGAACUGGGGAGCUGCUGAGGACAUUUUCAGGUUGACAUCAUCUGAGUACAAGAGAAACAGAAAGCAGUCCACUGCUCUGAUCCAUUUACUGCCAAACUUCAGUCGAUAGGAACAAUGCUGUGGAGAGAAGGAGGUUUGGCCUUAAUUGGCCAUGGGCUGGAUUUUAGCCUCCCACAGGACACUUUUCCCUGCUAGCUAAUGAUCUCCAGGAAGCAAAAGGCAAUGCUGCUGUUCACAAUGGGUUACGGUACCGUUCAGGUCAGGAGAUUGGAACCUCAGGCCGAGCACUUAAAACUCGAUUUCCUUGCCUAUAUUUAAAGCAAAACUCCUGUUGCGGGGCUGCCCUGUGUUGAGGAUCUUUAGACUUUGCUCACUGUAAAUGCAAUGUAAAGCACCACCUCUUCUCCACCCUGCAGCUUCUGAACCACCUAAAAUGUUUCUCUGCAGUUGAAAUCACCAGUAGUGGUUUGGGAAGUGGUCUGGUCUGACCCAGCAUCACUGCUGAGCUGUCAGGGUGCUCAGUCUGGAGCUAACCAUGGCCACAAGCAGGAGAGGGUCCCCCUGGUCCCCUCAUCCCUGGCAGCUUUCCUCUGCCAUCACUGGAAGGUUCCUGACUGGCAGCACCUCCAUGUCUCUCCUCAGUGUACUAUGCUGACCUCACAGGAAUGAAUGGAAAUGGAGGAAAUUCAGGUGGGCUCAGGCAGAGCAGGGAAAGGAAGGAGGGGUGUCUUUCUUCUCUUCCAUCUUUUCCAGGACACAAAGCUAAAGCUGUGGCUGCUGGAAGGCCUGGUCCUUCUUAGGAGGACCAGGAGGCUCCAAACUGGCUGUCUGUGACUUGUGAAGGUUUGGACAGACAAAUGCACUGCCAAACCCUUGUUCUCACACUGUGCUUGUGUUUGUCCCUAGGUAUGCUCCUGUGAGCUGCAGCUGGGUGGGAUUCCUGCAGCUUCCUGUGCUGCAUCCCACAGGAAGGGGAGAGUGAACCAUUUAGCCCACAAGUGCAGUGUUAGUGCCCUGAUCACUGGACCAUCCUUCCUCCACCUGGCAGAGCCUUUGCUCGUGACUGUUAGGGCUGUUCUAACCGAAGCCUGGCCUGAACGGGUGCGGUGAGAGGGCAGGAGGGGAAGCUGGAAGGCAGUCACUGGAUUGCCCUGUUCUUCUCAGGACAGGAGUCCAGCAGGCCCUGGGAGGGUCAGCCCUCUUGGUCACUGCUGUUUCAGGCCAUCUUCAAACCACACGUCUCCACCUCAGCUUUUGCAUUGCAGAUGUGUUUUUCAAGCAGCUUGAUGUUAGUGAGCUAGACCGUAGUGCCUUACUUAGGAUUUAGCAAACACUUCCAAGGAGGAGUCCUAGGGCUGCUAGCCUUUGGCCAAUGUGGAUGUUUCCCUGAGUAGUUUGUCCUUUUAAGAGCAUUUCUCUGAUUUUGCUGCUGUUUGUGCUCAACUCCCUGGACUAUAUAGGAACCUGCCUUGUGUUUACAGCUCCCCACAUCUCUCCUUCAGUUACUUUGGCCCAGACCAGCACUCCCUCUAGAACAAUGUGGGAACAGGGAACAGCUCAAACCUGCAUAUGCUGUGAGAUGGGGAAUUUUAGGCUUCUCUUCCCAGGUGGGUCUUUUUGGCCUCACCUGCCCAGCCCCUGCAGGCCAAACUUCUUCCUCUGCUGUGGAUGUUUGGCACUAGGAUGCACUGCUGGGAAAAUCCAAGUUCAAGAAAGCAGCACCAAGCCUGUGGCCCAUUUCCCAGCUCAGGGCCAUGCUGUCUGUCUCUUCCUGGCUGCAGUGAUGCUGAGCAUCCAGGUGCUGGGGGUAGCUGGUUAGUGUGGGGGGAGCCAAGCCACCCUUGCAGAACUCUCUGGGCUCGUGUGGCCCCAGAUGGUGCCCACACCAGGGGAGUGAUUGUAUGAAACUGUUUACUUCUGAUUUUGCUGUUUACAAGAGGGGUGUGGGGUGGGUGGGGGGAACAAGCCAAGCCUCAGGAGGAUUGGGAACUGUGUUAUCUGCACCAGCCUGCAGCAAGGCCGACACCACCGGCAUCAUGCAGGUGUCAUGGGGAUUUCCUGGCCAGCUUUGGUCCAUGGGGAGGAAAGCAGAGGUGGAGCUGUAGCCUAGAGGGGUUAGAUUAGCUCCCCUAUAUCCCCUUGCUGCUGUCUUUGAGGUUCAGCAGCGCUAGUGACAGAUAAGAGUUACCCCUGUGGUCUUCCUUUACUCCUCAGGACCCAGCUCCUUCACAUAUCACAGGCUCCCAGAGCCUUUCUGGAGCAAUAAGAUGUAAAACAAGUGUUACCAUCAUCGUGGAAAUCCUCCGUUGUGUGCAGUGUGUCUCCGUAUGCAGUAGGAGUCUGGGUUUAAGCCUGCCAAGCAUCACAGGGGAGCUGCUGCAGGGCACAAACUGGGCUUUGUUUCCCUGGGCUUUCUGCAGGUCAGAACAGGGAAACACGCUGCUGCUUUCCUUCCUUACCCCAGGCCUGUGCUGCCCAAGCCUCACACUACAGCUGCCUGGGGCAAGGGUGCUCCUGAUCCCCCUUUUUGGCAAUGCUGGCAUGGGAUGGGUGAGCAGAGCUCAGUGCUCCACUUCUCACAGCCCCCAUCCCAUCAGCCAGGGCAGCAUUGGGAAAGCAGAGCCCCCAUUUCCUUUGCACCAGGGGGCAGCCACUGCUUGUGCCACUGGUGUGGGAGGAGUUGUGCCAGUGGCUCCUGUGCUCCUCAGCUGGUUACAGGCACAUUCAUGUGGGCCCUUCAUGUCCAGAAGCAUUUUGCAAUUCAGGGCAGGGUGUCUGGUGGGUGUAGCUGGAAGGGAAGUGCAGGGAGCUGCUCUCUUCCAGCUGUGAUCUGCCAGAUCAUUUCUCUGCAGCCUGUCCAAAUGCUUUUAGCCCUGAGGGUGUCUAGGCUGCUGGAAGAGCUCGCAGGGGCCACACAUGAGUGCCUGGUGUUCCCAGCCUGGUGCCUGUUGCCAGCAGGGACCUUCAGCUCACUCACCCAGCAGAAAACAGCAACUUUGCAGGGUGAGCUGCUUCACUACCACACCAGAGAGGUUCUGAGUGACCCCCAGGACAGGGGCUCAUGGCUGCCCCUGCCCUGCUGAGGGCUCUCCUGGCUCCCCACAGCUCCUGUGCUGAGUUAGCAAGAGCAGAAGGCUUAAACCCAGACUCCAAACUAAAGAUAAUAUUAGUAAACGAGUCUGUAUUUUUCUUUUUUUUUUUUUUUUUUUUUGCACAGAAGCUGGUUAUCUAGGACCUAUGUGUGAACAACUUUAUAUAAAUAUUUUUUGUACUUGGUUUCCUUGGGUUGGUAUGAAACAUUCUAUUUAAGUUUUUUGAACACUGUGGAUCCCCUGAUGUGUAUGAAUGGCAGAGGCUUUGUAAAUUAAGGGACGUUUGUGUGAAUAAAGCUAUUUGAUGGGGUUGAAAAGCCACAAACAACUUGAAA